AUGAGAAGACUAAGUAUGGUGCACUGGAAACCACGGUAUUUCGACAUUGGCGUGAACUUUUCCGAUGCCAUGUUCCAGGGGUGCUACAACGGAUCCACCAAUCCAAAGCACCCGGCCGACGUGGAGCAGGUUAUCGAGAGAGCCUUCGAUUUCAAUGUGAGGAAGAUGCUCAUCACUGCUUCCUCGGUAGCUGAAAGCACAGAGCACUUGGAUUUGGUGGAAAAGCACAAGGGAAGUUUUGGCCUGACUGUGGGUGUUCACCCUUGUACGGUUGCUCAGGAGUUCUACGGAUCAUUGGAAAAUGCUGAUCCUUUGGAGUCUACAGAGAGCAAGAUGGAAGAGUUGAAGAAGAUCGCUGAGGACGGUCAUGCUAGAGGUCUCAUUAAGGCGUUUGGUGAAAUUGGCUUGGACUACGACCGUCUUCAUUAUUCGACUGUGGAGCAGCAGAAAUCAAUGUUCAAAAGACAGUUGGAGGUCGCUGUAUCUUUGAAGCAAAAGCUCCCAUUAUUUCUCCAUAUGCGGGCGGCCUGUGACGAUUUUGUGGAUAUUAUUCGCCCGUUUGUCGAGAAAAACGGCGUUACUGGAGUGGUCCACUCUUUCACUGGAUCUACUGACGAGCUCCAGAACCUUCUCAACCUAGGCUUUUUCAUUGGCAUCAACGGAUGUUCCUUGAAAACAGAGGAGAACUUGGCGGUCGCCAAAGAGAUCCCAAUGGACCGUCUUCUUAUAGAAACGGACGCUCCGUGGUGCGAAAUCAGAAAGAGCCAUGCGUCUCACAAGUUCUUGAAACCUUACCCUAAUUUAUUCUACCCUGAGAUUCCAGUCCCAGACGUUUCGACGCCGCCACCAGGCAAAAAACAGCAACAGCCAAAGCUUGAUGAUUUCUUGCCUUAUCCUUCGAUCAAGAAAGAAAACUACUACAAACAUACCGAGGCCACGCAAAAGAGACUCGAAAAUCUAGGUGAGGCUCCAUCUACCAAAGUUGGCGAAUUCGCUUACCCAUUAAUGAAAUCCAGAAAUGAACCAGUCUUUGUGGGCCACGUCGCUUGCAUUAUGGCCUCUCUCUACGAACUAAAAACGGACGAGGAGAUCAUGGGCUUCAUUGACACUGUCUACGAAAACUCAUGCACUCUUUUCAACCUAUAA